AACCCACCCAGCUGCCGCAUCCGAGAGUUCCAUAUCAUGUCUUCGAAGACCUCACCUCCGUAUAUGUCGACGAAUAGUCCUCGGGAUGAGAAGAGACGACCCUCCAGUUCGAGUGCCGGUGAACCACGCCGUCGCAUGGCGUGUGACCGCUGCCAUGCACAGAAAUUGCGGUGCUUACGGACUGUCAACUCACGGGCUGGGACCGACUGCGACCGCUGCCUCCGCCUGUCUGCCAGGUGUACAUACUCUCCGCCCAACCGAAUGGGAAGACCAACGACAGCCGAAGCAGCCGCCAACAAUAGGGGAAAAAGCGGAUCAGCAAACAAUUUCAACCACCCCUCUCCGCUGUCAUCUGCGGCGGCACAAGGACCUUUCGAAUUCCCAUCAGAAAGUGCUAUGGCCAUGAAUCCAGGGAUGAUUAGCACCAGUGAUAUGAGCUUCAUGAGCUUCCCCAGUGUCCCCACUACGGGGAUAGACAUGGAUUAUAGCUUCGGCGCACCGGAAUUUCCUCUCGAGGGCCUCUUUUUCGACGGUACAACGUCUUCGGCUGGACCGAGCGUUACCUAUACGGCUGCCUCAGGUACCAGGGAGGAAUCAGUGUUUGGUGACGCUACGGACGGAUGUGUUCGGGAGCUCACUAAUCUAGGAUUGUUGCUAUAUCAGCUGCUCCGCCAAGUGGAGCGGACGCGAGAGCAAACCAGCCAAGACCAGCAGGGAGUCUAUACGCGGUUACACAACUACCCGAUCGGUCAGAUACUGGAGAAUGCCCAGAAGCUCACUAGAAUUGUCGAGACUUUCUCCAGUGCUCAGUGGCCAGGCGAGAGCAAUACCGGAGUACCAUGGAGUGGCCAUAUGGUCCCUCCAGAAUUCGGUGGAGGCCAAUUCUUGGAUGCCGCCACAGGUUCGGCGUAUCCGAGUCCAGAGAGCCCGGCGUCGGCCUAUUAUCCAUGUCCUUUGUCGCCACCGAAUAUACCUUUUACAGGUUCAACGCCGUCCGUAUCAAGUGGUAGCUCCAGACAAUCUUUCCCAGCAUUGGAUGGAGCUCAGAUGGACACGUCGACGACUUUUCUCAUGCUGUCGUGUUACCUUCGACUUGCGCGACUCUAUUUGUUGUUUUUCGACGACCUCCGCGCGUUUCUUCUUUCACGCCAAUUUCCUAACCUGGUGACGAGUGGAGAUGGUCGACUUUUCCCCGGCUUAAGGCUGGGCUCCUUGCAGCCAUAUGCAGGGAUUGCACUCGAGAUCUCGAUAGUCGUCCAAGUAAGUGAACACAUGUUGGAGCGAUUGCAUAAAGCGAUGGGUUGGGGGACAAAUGCAGGCAUGCCCGGGAAUAACGGCCAAGCCGCCGCAGUCCCAGCCACUUGGGACGCCCCGCAGAGGUUUCCGUGGGGGUUGGUUCGUGCCGUGCAGGUGCAGGAGGGGAUGGAUGCCCGAAAUGACACCUGCAUGCAGCUGUUCUCGGCAAUCAACGAGCUGAAGUUCAUGCUGAGAGCAAGCCCAACAUUUUAAAGCGCAGCGCUAGUGCGCUAGGGAACGCUUUGGUGUUCGACUGCCACUCGGCAAACAGAGCGAGAUCUAGAAAGGUCAACAUGAUCCUAGACGACUUAGACUAGAAACCCCGCUAGUUCCCUACCAUUUUUGAGGCGGGCCAAUCACUACAGCUCCA